AUGACCUUCACGCACCACGACUAUACGGUCGCGUGGAUCUGCGCCUUGCCGUUGGAACUAGCAGCAGCGAAGGCCAUGCUGGACGACGUUCACCCUCCGCUUCCCCAACCAGAAUCCGACCACAAUGUCUACACACUUGGGAGAGUUGGCAGCCACAAUGUAGUGGUGGCCUGUCUGCCUGGCGGCGUUUAUGGGACGAUAUCCGCUACAAGUGUUGUGUCACAUAUGGUCUCUACCUUUCGGAAUAUCAGGUUCGGGUUGAUGGUGGGUAUUGGAGGUGGAGUCCCGAGCCACAGUGCUGAUAUUCGCCUUGGUGAUGUUGUGGUCAGCAAGCCAACUGCCACUUCAAGUGGUGUUAUCCAAUAUGACCACGGCAAGACACUACGCGGCGGUCGAUUCCAGCACAUCGGGUCGCUUAAUAAACCUCCUCAAGUGCUGUUGAAGGCCGUGUCUCAAUUAGAGAGUGAUUACAUGACCGGGAAAAGGCUGACCAGCGAAAUUUUGGACGGUGUGCUGCACAACUGUGAUACGAUGGGAGAACAGUUUUCGCGACCAAAAGACGACUGGCUAUUCCCAGCAACAUACAAUCAUGAGGGUAGCGAACACGACUGUUCGGCGUGUGAUCAGGCCCAGUUAGUUAACCGUCCUAAGCGGAGGACUGAUGACUCUUGUAUUUAUUAUGGCUUGGUUGCUUCCGGAGACCAGGUCAUGAAAGAUGCCAAGACUCGCGAUUCCAUUGCUCGGGAUCUAGACAUACUCUGUUUUGAAAUGGAGGCUGCUGGGCUCAUGGACGAACUCCCAUCACUAGUCAUUCGCGGCAUUUGUGACUACUGUGAUUCGCACAAAAAUAAACAGUGGCAAGGAUAUGCUGCGCUUGCGGCUGCUUCGUACGCUAAGGCACUUCUGUCGGUAAUUCCUACUUUUCACCACAAGGAAUCACGUGAUCCGAGGAAGCCAGUUUGGAUGGUCCCCUUCCGGAGGAACCCACGGUUCGCAGGCCGGGAAGACGAAAUCACCAGAAUUGAAGAAUUGCUUCUGCAACAGAACGGACCUAGCAAAAUUGCUAUCUGCGGACUAGGCGGUGUUGGAAAGACGCAGAUUGCACUUGAACUGGCCUACCGCAUGAGAAAUCGAGACCCUAAAUGCUCGAUUUGCUGGAUUACAUGUACCAGCUAUGAAAGCGUGGAACAAGCCUAUAUGAACAUCGCCUCGAAGCUUAAAAUGACUGAUAUAAAACCAGCAGAGGUGAAAGGAAAGGUUAAAGCUUAUCUUAGCGAGGAGAGUGCCGGGAAGUGGCUUGUUAUCUUUGAUAAUGCAGAUGACAUGGGAAUGUGGAGCACAAACAAUACUACUGAUACAGUAUUGACAGACUUUCUUCCUGAAAGUGAGCAGGGCCAUACUCUCUUCACCACGCGCAGCCGUAAAGUAGCUGUGAAACUAGCAUCUUCCCAUGUGAUCACAGUCACUGAGCCGAACACAAGACUUCUGUUGAAAUUUUAG